AGGAAUUACAGUACCACCUAUUGCGUCGAUUACGAGAAGCGCUCUCCCGAUUUGGGCAUACUUCCAAUACGCACACCCACUACACGUUUAGAAGUACGAGAAAAGGAACUUCGACCUUGUAUCUUUCUUUUGCUUUCCUCUUGUCUGCCCAUCACUUCUUUGGUAGACUUCAAAGGUGAUCGGGUCUCUCUUUUUUCUCCCUCGCCUUUAAACUGCUUUGAGUGAGUUUGUACGUCACUCAACAGUUUUAUUUUUGUGUUUCCUUGUCCUGCUUUGUACGGUUUUAUCUCUCUUUUUGUUUCUUCUCUUCUGGCUUUAAGUGUCGUUUCUUUUUUCCUGUUGUUCUAACACAAUAUCCCUCUCUUUAUUUGAUUCUCGUUCUCUCUUGUUAUUAAAUAUAUAUAUAUAUAUAUAUUGUCUUACGCGGGCAAGGCACUGAAAUUGUGCACAGUCUCAUUUCCCUCGUCGCAGUCUAUCUCCCUCUCUCCCCCCGGUAUCCAAACACACACACACACACACACAAAAAGGAUAUAUGCUCGUGGGAUUUCUGUAGAAACUCUAUCUUCCGCAUACUAGGUGACCGCACAGAUAGUCAACGGAAGCUCUUCUACUCGUUGGUAGAAACGAUUUCCUCACUUGCGAGAAGAGUAACGCUGUAAACGAAAAAAAAAAGAUUUUUAUCGUUCAAAAGCGUCUCUCAUCUGUCACUUCCACUCUUGAUGUGUAAUCCGUAAUAAUACUGCUGUUCUCUUUUUUUUUAAAGCCGUUAUUCCGCAGUUGACACGCAACACUUUUUCUAUUGUUGUCGAUCAUCACCACCUUUUCGUUGCAAACAUUUUGUACUAUCUGCUAACUUCUUUUUUUUUUUAGAGACUCCACAUUUUUCUUGUUGAUAUCGGUGCGUUGUUUUUAGAUUCUUGUGUCUCGGUAGCUGCGGUGGUGGUUUGGGUGAAGACUUCGCACAGCAAGAAAACGGUGCGUGGUGCAUUUUUUUGUUUGCUUGUUUAUUUACGAGUACCCUUUUGUUUCCUUUCUCCGCGGCUACGUUGCUAAGACUGUGCGGGUCUCUUUUUUAUUAUUAUUUUUGUAUUGUUGUUGUCUCAGAACGUAGAACAUUUCUGUGAAUUGGACAAAAGCGAAACUUACGUUGGACGGCGGUUGACUAAGUUCAAUUUGAACCGUUGCCUUUUACCAUUUAUUUGACAAUCUUUUCUACCUCUUUUUUCUUUUUACGUAACUUGCAUUUAGGCGUGGCUGCGCGAAGGCACAAGCUCCAAUCAGAAUCACCUACACAACAACAAAGAAAAAUACACGUAAUCCGACGGGAGAUGUCUUUCUUGGCCCUUAACGUGUGCUUAAUCAGCUCCGGCUUCGACACCGUGGCGCUGCCGCUGUCCUCUACGCUCUGCCCGGUUGACCCAGACGACGAUCUGGAAGAGGGCUCGUUUGGCUACACACUCGCCCCUCUCACGGAAAAGAGGAGCCGCAAAAACUACGGCUAUGCGCACUGCACCGUGGUGCAGCUCUGCGUCCGCGCGCUCGACUUGAAGACGGUCCGCGAGCUUGUUCGCGACACCUGGGUUAAAUUUCGCGAAAGGAUGACGGAGGCAAAGGAGACUCUGGUACUGGACGGUAUCGCGGAUGGGCCGACCUUCGCGAAGACGGACGACGGGCUUACCGUGCGCCUGCCGAACAUCAAGGUAGAGCGCUCACCAGAGCUCAUGUGGCUGCACGAGACGCUGGUGCGCGAGCUGGAGCCGUUUCACGUGAAGGUGGCCUCCAACGAUGUGGCGAAGCGCUCCUUCAACACGAAGUUCCCUGCCGACAGCAACACCACCACCUCGGAUUGGCUCCUGUCUUUCCUGUCGAAGAGCAGCCAUGAGAAUUACGUCCCGCACAUUUCGCUCGGUGCGUGUACCAUGGAAAACGUGGCGGCGCUGUCGUACUUGCAGCGCACCGAGGUGCCGUGGCGUGAAUGCCGUCUCGUGGUGAGUCACAUGGGCAACUACUGCUCUUGUUUUGAUCUGAUGGAGUGA